GACUUUGAAUCAAGAUAUUCAUACGUACAAAAUAGUGUAAAUCAGUGUUUUUAAAUAUAAUGAAAUAUGAUGAUGAUGACGAUGUUAUAUCUCGUAAAUGCUAUACUCAAAACUUAAAUUACAAUUAACUGAUUUUAUUUGGUUGAAGGAGUACUUUCAGAAUAUUUUUUUAUCAACUCCGUAGUUUCUGGUCUCUUUAUACUUCCCUUCUUUUGUUCUUCAGUCUUACUUCAGCAGUUGUUAGGCUUGGGAAAAUGGCGGUAGUUAAUGCUAGUUGUAAUCGUGUGAGUGUCACAAAUGGUAGUGAACCUGUGAAAUCAAAAAAACAAGAUUAUGGUAGAGUUAUACUGACCUUACAGAAUUGUAUUAUUCCACCAUGUAAACUCUAUCCUACUCCAUCCAUGAUAGAUGGGGUUGAUCGUGAGACUGAAAAAGAUUUGCGAAUACUAGGAUGUGAUCUGAUUCAGACAUCAGGGUAUUUGUUAAGAUUGCCUCAGGUGGCUAUGGCAACAGGACAGGUCUUGUUUCAACGAUUUUUUUUUUCAAAAUCCUUUGUGAAGCAUGGAAUGGAGAUUUUAGCUAUGGCUUGUAUAACUUUAGCAUCUAAAAUUGAAGAAGCACCAAGAAGAAUCCGUGAUGUGGUGAAUGUGCUCCAUCACAUCAAACAACUUCGUGCUGGAAAGACCAUUCAGCCAUUGAUCUUGGAUCAGAAUUAUAUUAACCUCAAGAACCAAGUCAUCAAGGCAGAGAGAAGAGUUCUGAAGGAGCUGGGCUUCUGUGUUCAUGUAAAGCAUCCUCAUAAGAUUAUUGUGACUUUCCUUCAAGUUUUGGAAUGUGAGAAGAAUCACAAGCUGAUGCAGACUGCUUGGAACUAUAUGAAUGACAGUCUGAGAUCUGAAGUUUUUGUUCAAUAUCAUCCUGAAAGUAUCGCUUGUGCCUGUAUUUAUCUCAGUGCCCGGCUCUUACAAAUCCCUCUACCAAGUAAACCAGCAUGGUACUUAAUGUUUGGUGUGACUGAAGAGGUUAUUGAAGAUAUUUGUCAUACAGUUUUAGCUUUAUAUACUAGAAGAAAGUCUGAUCCACAUCAUUUGGACAAGACAAUUGAGGAACUUAAAAAAGCCCAACAAGAAUCUAAGUUAAAAGCCAAAGAAUUAUCAGGAAACAAUACACCAAUUCCUAACAAUGCUGGAUUUUCUCCUGGACCAAAAAACAACUCUCCAAACCUUGCUGAGUCUCCAUUAGUAAAUUCUAAAGACACCAGAGGAAAUGAAGUGUUUUCAAAACUUGUGAAGGAAAAUCAACUGAAGAGAAAGGGAAGUCCACACAGUUCUCCUAAUAGAUACACUGUAAAAAAUAAAAGCUCUUCUGGAAGUCCCAGUCCCAAGAGAAGAGAAAAGACACCACCCAGAAGCUACAAGAAUAGGGAUAGGUCACAUUCUUGCUCAAAAUCCCCAUCCAGGUCCAAGUAUCAUUCAUUCAAUAAAGGAAAAAUUUUGCACUCCAGAAGUAGAUCACCCAGUAGAAGCCCUCGCAAGUACACUAAAAAAAGUUAUAAGGUUAAAUCACGAAGGAAGUCUAGGUCACAAUCUUUUGAUCAUUAUAAUCAUUUUAGUUCAUCCCAUAAAGUAAGGAAAGAAAAGUCCAAAAGAUAUUAAAUUUCAAAUAAGCUGCAGCAGGCAUUAGUAGAAAUAAUGAAAGAUAAAAGCAAAGAAUUGUUUAUAUACAUGUAUAUACAUACCAUCCAAGUUGGCAGGGAAAGAUCACUGUGUGUGUAAUGUUUGUUAGCAUUUUGAAUAAAUUUGUAUAAUUCUUAGCCUAAA